AUGGCGGAAGCAGAGAACGGCCAGGCCAUCAGCGCAGAUGAGAUUGCGCUCUAUGACCGACAGAUCCGAUUAUGGGGAGUGCAAGCGCAGGAGAAAAUCCGAUCUGCGAACAUCCUCCUUAUCACUGCCAAGGCACUCGCCAACGAAGUUGCCAAGAACCUGGUUCUAGCGGGCAUCGGCUCGCUCACCAUCAUUGAUCAUGAACCCGUGACAGAGGCCGAUUUGGAUGCGCAGUUCUUCUUAGAAGAAGCGUACAAAAAUGAGGAUAUUAUCAAGCAGGGCAAGAACCGCGCCGAAGUCGCUGGCCCUCAAAUCCACCGAAUGAACCCUCGUGUCAAACUCCACAUAGAUACAUCCAACGUGCGCAGCAAGCUUCCCGAGUUCUUUGCCCAAUUUGACGUCACAAUCGCAACCGAACUGGACUUUGCUACGAAUACGACCAUUAACGCGGCAUGCCGUAUCGCAAACCGACCCUUUUACGCAGCCGGCCUGCACGGGUUCUAUGGCUAUGUCUUUGCCGAUCUAAUCUCACACGACUUUGUGAUCGAGCGGGAGAAGUCGAAUGGUCCUACACAGCAGCAGGAGACUCUCACGAGGAGUGUUGUAAGUGUGACUACCAAGAAAGAAAGCGAGAAGGGAGAGAAGGGGAACAAGGGCAAGGUCAUCGAGCUGGUUACCAAGCGCGAGAUCUAUUCUCCCCUGCAGUUGGCCAAUACAUCACCGCUUCCGGAAGAAUACACCAGGCUCCCACGGCGGCGCAAACAAGUUACACCUCUACUGAGCUGUCUCCGUGCUUUGUGGGAAUUCGAGAAGAUCUCCAGUGGCAGACGGCCCAGCUUCGCGCACUCGGACUUGGAGGUGUUCACAAAGCUUGCUCGGGAUAGCCAUCAAGAACUGAAGCUGGAUCUAGACACACUUGACUCUACGUUCCUGCGACAGUUCCUGCAGAACCUCGGCUGUGAGCUUAGUCCAGUAGCAGCAUUCCUCGGUGGCGCCUUGGCCCAAGACGUGAUCAACGUGCUAUCUGCCAGGGAACAUCCGCUUCAAAACAUGCUGUUGUUCGAUGGAGAGCAGUCGAUCGGACCCAUCUACCCACUGCAUCCAUUCUUCCCGCCAGAGAUGGAUGUCGGCUCGCUAGCUGCGGUGCCACCAGUGGCUAACCCGAUUGUAUUGGACCCCACUAUGACGACCAAUCUUGCGACUCAUCCCGCUCCGAAUCCUGCUGUCAAUCCUUGA